GUUUCGUCAGGCAUUGAGUCGAUAUAUCAGUGGAUGAGUUUCAUCUGAAUUAAGCUGAAAUGAGGAAAUUAGUCUUGUCCCUAGCUGUGCUGGGAUUGAUGUCCCUGUCUCUGGCUCAUGAUUCGCAGCCACAGACUCCGAUAAAGAAGGUGCCAGUGGCUGUUCCGGUGCCAGUUCCUGUUCCCGUUCCAGUUCCUGUUUACCCGAAAGAAGGAGGUAGUGGAGGUGGAGGUGGUGGCGGUGGAGGCGGCGGUGGAUCCGGAAGCGGAGGUGGUGGCGGCGGCGGAGGUGGAGGUGGAGGCGGCGAUGGCACUUGCCCGCGACCCUCUCCCGAAGCUCUGCGGUGCCUCCGGGAAUGGGCCUGUCAGUACGUCAUCCGCCUGGAUCUGCGCUGCCUGCUCAAUUUAAAUGGCAACCCAUUGCUGGGCAAUCUCAUUUCCAUACCCGGCAUCACCGGAGGCGGCAGCAGCGGCGGCGGCGGUGGCAUCUUGGGCGGUCUGCUGGGCGGCAAAUAGCCCCCCAACCCCCCACUCGAUGGCGAAAAUGUGCUCACAUUAAACCCAAUAAAGAUGCUCCCAUCACUGGGAAAAAAAUCUAA